ACAGCACUGCAGUAUGGGUUUUCCAAGCGAUCUGAAUGCCCUUUGAGAAAAUUGGAGCUGUGGGUUCUCAGUACUUUUGAAAUAAGGCCCUUAGUAAAUUAUUUAAUUACACUUAGUAAUUAUGCCUGCACUAGUGAGCAUAAAAAACCCAAACAACUACACAUAGGAUAAACGGUUAACUACAUGUUAGAAAGAUAAGGAUCUCAUUAAAAAUAAAAAGGGAGGCAAAACAUAAUAGGAUCUAAAAUACUUAACCAGGUAGAGUAAAGACAGAGAGAGAGAGUUUAUUGGCUAGAUCCAAUAAAGGACUUAAGUACCUAAAGAAGGAUUUAGGGAGAAUUCAGGUGCCUAAGUCCAAAAAUGUGAUCUGAGAAAUCUCACGCAGCUGCUGACUAACGCAGGAGAUGCCUAAAAUCAGAAGGCUCUUCCUUGAUUUUAAUUUGUCUCUCUAGAGUGUCUAGGAUUUUACUUCUGCGCACAUUCAGUGUAUAGCAGCUAGAGCAGUUUAGUGCCUAUUUCCCAUUCGGCAGUUUCUAAUCUUCAGCUUAAGUGUUCAAGGGCUCUAUUCUGUCAGUAUUCUUAGGCCACACCAAGAACACAUUCAUAUUCAGAGAUUCUUAUUUUGGUGUAACUUGUUGCUUUUAACAGGAAGGAUGUGGAGUUUGAAUAACCUUUUAUUUAACAAUCUAUCUGUUGGAUUAUUGAUACAAGAGUUGGAAGAUUCAGUUUGGUUCUAUCUGAGAGUGUUCAAACCCAUCUCCUCUCUCCAAGUAAUCUAUCUUAGAGUGACGGCAUGAAUUUAAAUUGUCUUGGGAGCAUGAAUUAGAGAUGAGGAUGUGUCACUCCCUGCUAAAUGCCCUGUUCCUUGGGAUAAAUCUCACACAUCGUUUCUCUUCCUACAGACUAUGGAAUUCUUUACUUCACAGUGGUGCAACUUUAACAGGAACAGGAGAGAGUCAUCUUUGUUUUCAAUAGCCCUGUCUCUUGCUGUGAAGAGAAUCCUUGGACUGAUCGGACUCCUUCCUUCUGCCAUUGUUGCCUGGAUGGAACAUGAGGCUACCCAGCUAGAAAAGCAGCACGUGCAUAGUGUAUAUGAAAAUACAGCUGCCUACUUUAAUGACCUGCAGAGCAAAGCAUGGCCUCGUGUUCGAAACUUUCUUCUGGAGCAAAAGCCUGGCAGUCUUGUUGCUGAUAUAGGUUGUGGAACUGGAAAGUAUCUCAGUGUCAACAGUCAGGUAUAUAAUCUCGGCUGUGAUUACUGCAGACCAUUGGUAGAGAUUGCCAGGAAGAAAGAUGAUGAAGUUCUGGUAUGUGACAACCUUAACCUUCCCUUUAGGGACCAGUGCUUCAAUGCAGUCAUUUCCAUUGGAGUGAUCCAUCAUUUCUCAACUAAACAAAGAAGAAUCAAAGCAAUAAAGGAAAUGGCAAGGGUAUUGAUACCUGGAGGCCAGAUGAUGAUUUAUGUUUGGGCUAUGGAACAAAAGAAUCGUCGCUUUGAGAAACAAGACGUAUUUGUUCCUUGGAACAAGGCCUUGUGCUCACGGCAUUUUUCAGAAUCGAAUCAAUCUGGAGAUAAGGGUGAGUUCGUGCACGCUGUAAAAACCCAAGACAUACACCCUGCACAGCUAGUCAUCUCCGACUGCAGCUACCAAACCAAUCUGCAGCCAGAAACUGAUUCAAAACAUUCCCCCAGUAUGGAGCAUUGCUUAUCCAGAGCCUGCUGCAUGAAAAUUUCUGAAGAAGAAAACAGAUUUUACAGUGCUCUAGGAAGAUCUUUCCGCUCAUGGUUUUUCUCCAGAUCUCUUGAUGAAUCAGCCCUGAGAAAGCAAACGGACAAAAUGAAGCCCCUGAAGAACGAAGGAGAAUGGGCCAGCAGUACCGUACCCAUUCAGCAUUCGCGACACUGCAGUUUGGAUUUAGGUCACCAUGGGGCACUGUUGAAAGAACAAAGUUUAGAUGAUGAUGAUGUAUUCAUGGAAAGCCUGCCUCUCAAAAAACCACAGUGGUCACCAGCCGCAGAUUCACUGAAGGAUUUAAGUUUAAAUGGAGGACACCAAAGUGUAGCUCAGAGCAAGAGUGAAGAAGCUGCAUUUAUAAAUGGCCCAGUGGAAAACAGGGACUGUGGCUGUGGUUGUAAUAAAGAUGGUGCUGGAAAGUCUAACACCAGCAAGUUUUUCAAAAGAACUUCAACAACUGACUCCACUGACUCUGCUCUGGAUUCAGCAGUGUCUGUUGGGGACCAGACUGAUGCCACGUUGGAUACAAAAGCCUUCAUGCGUUAUUAUCAUGUUUUUCGGGAAGGGGAGCUGUGCUCCCUGGUAGAAGAGAACGUGCCUGAGCUUCAGAUACUUUCUUCCUGCUAUGACCAUGGAAACUGGUGCAUUAUUGCAGAGAAAAGAGGAACAUAGCUGUAAAGAGAACAAAGAGGAAUCCAGUGACCGAGGAUUUUAAGCUGCUCCUUGUGUUCCUGUGACUGUGCAGUGUGACAUGGAAUUUGAAUCUCAUGUAGUCAUGUGCCAUUCAUUUCUGAGUUAUUAUCUCUCUAUCUAUUUAACUAUCUAAUGCAAGGUCUGUAUAUAGGAAUGUAAGCGGUAAACAAUAUUUAUGUUUUGUUAAACUUUUAUGAAGUUAAAACUGGAGAGUUUUAUAUUGCUUUUAGCAAAUAAUUGUGUUUUUAAAUAUACUUUUCUAUUGAGAAAUAAAACCUUUUUAUAAGACAAGGAUCAGGGCAUCUUUUAUGAGAAAUAUUCUCUCAGUAGAAAGUUUAGGCUUUGUUCUUCAAAUGCUGAAAAUGUGUCAUAUUGCUACCUGUUCUUAAAGUCCUAUAAAUAGAGAUGUAGGCACAUUUAAAAACGUACUUGACUGUAUACUGCUAGACUGCAUGCUGCAGAACUGGAAGCAAGCAUGGUCCCAGUACUACUUAGUUUGAAUAGAGCUGUUAAUGGGCAAAAACUAUGUACAAAAAAAGCUCUGCAUAUUCUGUCAUUUGAGGUUUGUGUUUGGGAAAAAGUGACAGAACAAAUUUUGAACAGUAUUUUGGACUUUUGUUUUAAAAAGAAUUUAAUUUGUUUCUCAGGUGCAGGUUAAGUUUUAGCUGUGUUAGCUCUCAAAAAUAAUUUACCUUAAUUUCCUUUGCUGUAGUUUUUCAUUGGUUAUGUGUAUAUAGAAGUCAGAGGGAUUCGUGAGAGUACCAGUAUUAUGUAAAGGUUACAAAAUAUUAAAUAUUUGAGAUAAAGAUAUCUUUUUGAUAACUCUGGGAAGCUAAGAUAAAAUUAAUAAAAAUCCAGUGCAUAUCUGGUCAGCUGUCAUAUUUGCUCUCCUCAUUCACUGACAUGAGAAUAUAUAUUAAAUGGUGUGUUAAAUAACGUAGAUAGGAAGAGGCUACAAGUCCAAUUUGAAUAUAAAAUACAAAUUUCUGUCUUCUGCAGUUAAAAUGAGUCUUUUGAGACCUAAAUGAUAAUAGAUUGCUUAAACAGCUUUCCCAUUCCCUGUAAAACACAAAUUUUGCUGAACAUGGUGCCCCAGCAUCAUCCAGUUGUACUAGAUUGUAGCAGUUGCCCUCACAUAGUUCUUUACACCCAAUCUCACCCCUUUCAGGGGGAGACCUAUGAUGUGAAAUUAUAUGUGCUGUGGAUAAAAUCCACCUGGCUUCUGAAGAUCAGUAGUGAAAUCGUAAUUGUUACCAACUGAAGCAGAGCUGGAUUGGGCUAAUUGCCUUGUUAGCACGAAGUUACUCCAUUUUUAGGCUUUAUUUACAGUCAGUGGUUUUAGUGUAGGGCACAUCUUCAGCUGGUGUGAUUUCAUGACCUUUAAUGGAGCUGCACAGAUUCACCCCAGAGAUCAACCCUUUUGAUACAGCAGUUUUAGAGACCCAUGUAAUUAAAGUCUGCCCUGUUAGUGAGAAAAUAACUUUGAAUACAAACCAAUAGGAGUGAAAUACCAAACUUUUCCAGUCUAUGCUGCGUAAGUAGAUGGAUUUGGGGUUGUUUAGUAGAAGGCCCUGAUGGUGCUGAGUAUUUUUAGAUGGAGCUGCCCAGAAGUAAUUGCCAGACAGUAAUGUAUUAUAGAUUUAUUUACUGGAGCGAUGCCUGUAGAACAAUCAUCUUUGUCUUCCUCAUAUUUUGGGAUCCUUGUACUUUAUCCUUCCUGGGCGUGUACCACCCGCGCUCCCCACUGCCUUUUGAAAAUAAAAGCAUGGUCAAAGAACCAUGCAUCUGAGACUUCUGAAAUAUUAUUCCACUCCAAAUAUUAUUUUCAAUACAGCCUGGGGCUGCAGUUCUCGCGUACUGUGUCCGAGCCAUGCUUCAGAAAACUGGCAAUAUUCCCUGCAUCGCUGGGUCCAGCUGCUCAUGGCUGAGGGUCUGCUCCUGCUGCAUCCUCAAGCUCCAGUUUUAGAAGCACAAUGCAAAAAUGCCCAUGCUGGCAUAUUGCAGAGACAGUGCGGAUCCUGCUGAGCUCCACACCUCAUCUGCAGCGUGCUCAUGUUGGACUGGUGAGGCCUGCCUUAUUUGUUGGGAAUUUCUGGAGGAGCUUGAGGAUUUUAGAAGAAAACUCAGUUGCUUCCAGAUAAGAUAUGCCAGUGGAUAUUCAGCACCCCUGGAAUUUGAGCUGUAUUCAGGAAGGAGGUAGUUGAUUAUCAUCCUAUAUCCAAUCUUGAAAGUUCAUCCCUGAACUCCAGCAUGCAGAAACUCUAUUACAUAUAUAUAAAAAUAUUUAUAAAAAUUUAUGAAUCUGAACUGACAGCUGGGUUUAGUUAACUGGGCAAAGGAACAUCAUAAUUUUGUUAUCUGCACUUCUGCAGUCUAUCUGUGGAAUAUUCACUGUGUAGUCAAGCAGGCUGACAAAAUCUGGCAUAAAUGAAGAAAGGAGAGGCUUCCAUUCUUUUUACAACAGAGACUUACUAUCCCUGCAAGAGGCUGAAUCUAUGUUUCAGGCUCCAGUGAAAACUUCCUGCUCGAUCAGCUGUACAAAUAAGAGCUGUCGCCUCAAAGCCACUGAGCUACUUUAAACAGCUUUUGUGUUUGUAGACUUUCCAUGCAUUGUUUGGUUUGAGAUUCUUGUCUGGGGAUGCUUUUCAUGAUUAUUUAUUUCUGUAUUGGAUUUUCUCUUGUUUUGAGCUGAUGCCAUUAAGUUGUGUUACAUAGAAGUUUGGAUUGUAUUGUUACAAAUUCCUGGGAGAAGGAGAGGGGAGGUUUGGUAAACUGCUUUCUUUUCAAAUAUUCAAUUUUCCUCCAAGGACGUAUAAUCACCAUGUAACAUAAUUUUUAUCAACUGGGGAUCAGUCAGCUGAGGUCAUGAAUGUGAGGUCUGCACAGCAAGCCUGUAUUCCUGUAUUCAGUCUCCCAUCUAUUUAUGGAGGCUGCCUAGGUCUGUAACAACUUUAUCGGCUCAUAACAAGCCAGAAUACCUCACUCAGAGCAUGGUGAAUGUCUCUCUUGAUUGGUUUCUCUUUUGAUGAGGGCCAUCUUAAGCAAAAUGUAAUUUCCAGAAGAAUCCACGUGAUCCUAGUCUUUAAUAGCUUACAGACAUAGUUAAUGUGCUCAGAGAAGUGUGUAUACCAUUGAAAAGUCUAUGGUAAAUGAAUGAAUAAAUAAAUAAAACCCACUUGUCCUUGCAUGCUAAAACUCUCAGCAAUGUCCAGACUGUAAGAUCUGACUGUUAUAAGGUAAAAGGCAAAUGUGUUCUUGUAUUUCUUGUCUGGCAAGAUGGCAAUAUUCUCACCUCAGUUAUGCCGAUAACAAACCUGCUUCUGACUGCAGUGGGCUAGGAUUGCUCCUAAGCUGCUCAUCUAGCUUUAAGUGGCACAGGGAGAAGUCUUGAUUACACAAGAAAAGAUGCCCUGUUUUUUUACAGUUUAACUUACUAGUGUCAUUGUCAGUCUGAACUGGCUAAACAAAAGCUGCUACCUUAUUACUCUUACAGACUGUAAUCCAAAUGGACAAUUGCAAUAAAAAAGAUAUAAUUGAACAGACUUAUUUUUGAAGGACUAAUACAAUUGCAAUCUUUGAUAAAUAAUGUUUUGUCUUUUUUUUUUAAUACAUGAAAAUAUUUAUAUUAGGAGUGCAGAAGUAUCAUUUUUUUUGGUACUAAUGGUGACUAAUUUACUUUCUUCCAAGCUUAUGGUGUAGGAAUUUUAAAAGCACAGGUGAGGAAUGAAAGCUAUAAAUAUUCUAGCAGAUUUUUUUCUGGUACAUAUUUGUAUACAAGUUACUUAUGUGCACAGUUUAAAAUGCUGAGUGAAGAGCUGUGUGUGUUCCACCAGCAGAAUAUUGUUAGUGAACCACCUGGGUUGAUUCUGAAUAGAAAUAAUGGCUCUGAUCCUGUGUCCUCUCUGCCGUGUCAUGUCUCUGUUGGGCUAUAUUAGUAUUGACAUCGUGUUGAAUCUAUUGGUCUACCCACUUUCUUGCUCAGCACUUUUACAGAAUUUGUGGCUACUUUAGUACUCCAGGAAAAUGAAGUGUGUCAGCAUUAAAUAUAUACAAUUGUAUAUCUCUUUUGUGAGUGCAGCAUUUCUUAUUCUUACAGUAUAUGAAUUCUGGCAGCUACCUGUGAUUUUAUCUUCCAGUCUGCUGGUCAAAACCAUGCUCUGUAAUCAAUUCUUUGUCCAUACAUGGAACCUAUUCUCUAAUAUUCAACAGAAAAUAAAUCCUACUUGUUUUAAAUAUUA